AAAAAAAAGGACUAUCGUUAGAUUCGAUGAGCCGUCGGUGUCUACAUCUAGGCCGGUUUAAGUGCAUGAACAAACCAAACAAGGUGAUGUUUUGUAGGCAAAGGAAAAGGGAGUGAUAAACCAACCGAAUCUCGGUGCAUUCAAUAUUCUGCGUCUAUGAUAACAACAGAUGGACUCGUUGCUCCUGUGGGCCACUGCCGGAGUCGACAGUGCAUUUGUUGGGGAGGGAACGACUGGGCAAAGGCGGAAGACGGCGCAUCAGCAGUCAGAUUGGAAGCUAACUGGUUGUUGCAAGAUGCUUAUAAGCGACAGUUCUCUACACGGGAUUUAAGGAUAAGUCAACUUUGAAGUUUGAACUCCUGAAGUAACCUGCAUGGAUCGACAAGGGCUGAACUAAAAUUUUGAUUAAAAAAAUAUAAAUUUAUAUAUUCAACACAAGCACAGAUAAGACACAAUGGCGAGCAGAAGAAAAUCAACAACGCCUUGCAUGUUCCCUCCCGUUGAAAUGGUGGAUUCAGACCCUGACAUGGAGGUUGUUACAGAGGGAGAUGAACAGACUGACGAAGGGGCAGCUAACUGUCCUGUGGAAAACUCAACUGAAAGCAACCCGAGUGAGGAAGACACACAGGCCAUGGACCACUUCAUUAAAACUAUGGACUCGAGUACAGCAGAAGGAGGUUAUGAGUGCAAGUACUGCAGCUUUCAGACCUCACAGCUCAAUAUGUUUACCUUGCAUGUGGACACUGAGCACCCAAAUAUAGUUCUAAACUCAUCUUAUGUGUGUGUUGAGUGUGACUUUCACACCAAGAGGUAUGAUGCAUUGUUGGAGCAUAAUGCACGCCACCACCCUGGAGAAGACAAUUUCACCAGGACCAUGGUGAAGAGCAACAAUCAAACCAUCUUUGAGCAGAGAGUCAAUGACUUGACCUUUGAUGGCAGUUUUGUUGAGGAUGAGGACACAUCCUGUAAGGGUAUUGCCCUAAGCAAGACACCAAUCAUGAAGCUCAAGAGUAGGGCUGAGGCCAAGAAGUUUACAGGGUCACACAAAAUGGCAGAUAACAGUGUCAUUAAAGUGCAGAGUGAUGGGGAAGAAGAGAGAGAGGAGGUGCCCCCCCCUCCUGUCACCCCCACUGUAGUGGCUGUGUCAACCCCUCUGACCAUUCAACCUAUUCAGCAAAGCAUAAUGGUCAACAGCCCAAAUGUGCUCCAAAUAAAGACCACCAACUCCACCACAAUGCUCCCUCCAGGGACAUUGGCUCAAGUUCUGUCUGCCUUGCAGAAUCAGCAGACCUCCCAGACCCAGCUCCUCAUCCCGGUCAGUAGUAUCCCCACAUACAAUGGGGCCAUGGACAAUAAUGUCCUGCUGGUCAGUGCCUAUAAUAGGUUCCCUUACCCAUCUGUGUCAGAGAUCAUGGGUCUAGCAGCACAAACCAAGUUCACAGAGGAGCAGAUAAAGGUGUGGUUCUCUGCCCAGCGGCUGAAGCACGGUGUGAGCUGGACCCCAGAGGAGGUGGAGGAGGCCAGAAGGAAGAAGUUCAACGGCUCAGUGCAGGCGGUGCCACAGACCAUCACUGUCAUCCCAGCCAAUUUUGCUACAGCAGCCAAUGGCCUGCAGUCCAUCUUUCAGACUUGUCAGAUUGUAGGGCAACCAGGGAUGGUUUUGACUCAGGUAGGGGGUGGCAACGCUGUCCCUGUGGCCUCACCCAUCACGUUAGCUGUUGCUGGGGUCCCCAACCCCAGAACCAGUGUCAGUAAGGUGCCAGAACCCUCCACCUCUGAGACCGCUUCUCCACUCAGUACCGAUUCCCUGGGAGCGCGACCCAAAAAAUCCAAGGAGCAGCUAGCAGAGCUGAAGGCCAGUUACCUAAGGAGACAGUUUGCCACUGAGGCAGAGAUCUCUCAGCUGAUGAAGGUCACUAACCUCACCAAAAGAGCAAUAAAGAAGUGGUUCAGUGACACACGUUACAACCAACGCAACUCAAAGGACCACCAAGGCGUUGCCUUAAAUGACAUUUCAGUCAACACCAACAGUAACGAUGGCAGCAGCAGCACAGCCAUUGUGAUCGACUCCAGCGACGAAGCCAGUGAAUCCUCUAUCACAACCCAAGGGCCCAUCUAUGAUCCACGGAUCAAGUUCCGCCAUGCCUUUCCUGACUUCACACCUCAGAAGUUCAAGGAAAAGACUCCGGAGCAGCUUCUGCUUUUGGAGUCCAGCUACCAGAAGUCUGACACGCCAGGCGAUGAGGAGCUAAGUAGGUUGAGGAUGGAGACUAAACUGACCAGGCGAGAGGUGGACGCCUGGUUCUCUGAGAGGAGAAAAAUGCCACUGGACUCUGAUGGCACAGAGGAGCUAGAGAGUGAAAUGGUCAAAGUGCCUUCCUCUGGGCAAGAAGCUCGGACGCCAUCCAGCGGCCGGAAGAUAAUGAAGAAAACCCCAGAGCAGCUCCACGUCCUGAAAAGCGCCUUUGUUCGUACCCAGUGGCCCUCUGCUGAAGAGUACGACAAGAUGGCCAAGGAGAGCGGGUUACCCAGAACCUACAUUGUCAACUGGUUUGGAGACACCCGCUAUGCCUGCAAGAACAGUAACCUGAAGUGGUACUACUUGUAUCAGAGUGGAAAGGUUAACGAGGCAAUGAAUGGAGGUGAACUUAAGAAGAAGCCACGGAAACGCUUUCGUGGUUGGUCCAGGAGAACGAGGCGGCCAUACCCCUGCAAACAAACACCCCCUACCAUCAAAGUCAAGACGGGUAAAGAUAUUUUAAAGGAGCACUACCUCAAGCAUAAGGUCUUAAAUGAGAAAGAUUUGGAUGAACUGGUGGCCAAGUCCAGUAUGAGCUAUGAGCAGGUGCGGGACUGGUUUGCGGAGAUCAGCAGGAGGGAAGAGAAGGGCCUUGACCCUUUCAGUGAGGGUAAAGAGGAGACACACGGUGACAGUGAGGGAGAGAUGGAAGUGAAAGAGAAAGGGGAUGAUGAAGAAAACGACAUUGCCAACAAAGAUGAUGAAAAUAACAAUGAUGAAGAUGAAACGAAUGACAAUGAAACCACGGAAGAGCCUCUAUGUUUCAAGCAAUCACAGUCAGAACCAGAAGAUCAGUGAUUUAAAAGGUCCAGAAUUUUCAUUGUUUGCCUACAGAAGAGAAGAGAUGGAAAACACAGGUGAAAUGUACCAAGUGUUUUGGUGUUAAACUGCGUGGACCAACCAGGCAGAAAGAAGCGAGAAGAUGUAUGAUGCCAAAUAAUUUUAGCAAGGGAUAAUAUACUGAACAAAAAUAUAAACGCAACAUGUAAAGUGUUGGUCCCAUGUUUCAUGAGCGGAAAUAAAAUAUCCCUGAAAUGUUCCAUAUGCACAAAUCAUCAAAUCAAAUGUUUAUAAAGCCCUUUUUAAAUCAGCAGAUGUUACAAAGUGCUUAUAUAGAAACCCAGCCUAAAACGCCAAACAGUAAGCAAUGCAGAUGUAGAAGCAUGGUGGCUAGGAAAAACUCCCAAGAAAGGCAGGAACCUAGGAAGAAACCUAGAGAGGAACCAGGCUCUGAGGGUUGGCCAGUCCUCUUCUGGCUGUGCCCAGUGGAGAUUAUAAGAGUACAAGGCCAUUAAGGCCAGAUCGUUCAAAUGUUCAUAGAUGACCAGCAGGGUCAAAUGAUAAUCACAGUGGUUGUAGAGGGUGCAACAAGUCUGCACCUCAGGAGUAAAUGUCAGUUGGCUUUUCAUGGCUCGUUCAGAGGUCGCGACAGCAGGUGAGGGAGAGAAUCGAAACAGCAGGUCUGGGACAAGGUAGCAUGUCCGAGGAACAGGUCAGAGUUCCAUAACCAGGGUUGAAACUGGAUCAGUAGCACGACCAGGUGGACGAGGGACAGCCAGGAGUCAUCAGACCAGGUAGUCCUGAGGCAUGGUCCUAGGGCUCAGGUCCUCAGAGAGAGAGAUGGGAGCAUACUUCAUUUCACACAGGACACCACCCCCCCCCCCGGCACAGACUAUUGAAACAUAGAUACUGGAGGUUGAGACCAGGGGGUCGGGGGACACUGGGCCUGUCCGAUGAUAACCCCGGGCAGGGCCAACCAGCCAGGAUAUAACCCCACCCACUUUGCCAAAGCACAGCCCCACAACAAUAGAGAGUUAAACAGACAACCAACUUACUGCCCUGAGACAUUUCUGAGUAUAGCGCACAAAGAUCUCUUCCACCGCACAAGCCCGAGAGGGUGCAAAACUGGCUUACUUCUCUCAAAUUUUGUGCAAAUUUAUUGACAUCCCUGUUAGUGACCAUUUCUCCUUUGCCAAGAUAUGCCACACCUAUCAGAUGAUGGAUUAUCAAGAAGCUGAUUAAACAGCAUGAUCAUUACACAGGUGCACCCUGUGCUGGGGGAAAAUAAAAGGGCAAUAAAAUGUGCAGUUUUGUCACACAACACAAUGCCACAGAUGUCUCAAAUUUUGAGGGAGCAUGCAAUUGACAUGCUGAUUGCAAGAAUGUCCACCAGAGCUGUUGGCUGAUAAUUGAAUGUUAAUUUCUCGACCAUAAGCCACCUCGUUUUAGAGAAUUUGGCAGUACUUUCAACCAGCCUCACAACCACAGACCGCGUGUAGCCAUGCCAGCCCAGCACCUCCACAUCUGGCUUCUUCACCUGCACGAUCGUCUGAGACCAGCCACCUAGACAGUUGAUGAAACUGAGCAGUAUUUCUGUCUGUAAUAAAACCCUUUUCCCUUGUGGGGAAAAGUACUUCUGAUUGGCUGGGCCUGGCUCCCCAGUGGCUGGGCCUAUGCUUUCCCAGGCCAACCUAUGGCUGCAUAGUCAUGUGAACUCCAUAGAUUCGGACCUAAUGAAAUUAUUUCAAUUGACUGAUUUCCUUAAAUGUACUGUAACUCAGUAAAAACAUUGAAAAUGUUGCCUGUUGGGGUUAUAUUUUUGUUCAGUAUAUAUAUAUAUAUAUAUAUCUCUUACAUUACCUUAGUUGAAAAUACUAUUUGGUUUUCUGGGAUAUUUUAGUAAUAUUUUACCUUGCUAUCUUAACUAAAUCCAAGACAUUUAGAUGGUAAAUCCUUAUUUUUUUCUUGUAGGUUAUGUAAUAACUUUUUAAAUCGUAAUAACGUUUUUAAAUCGUGAAAUUGUGUCCAGGUUGAAGGGAAUUUCAAAAUGUUUUUUCUUUGAUGUACUGACAAACGUUUUUUUAAAUCCCACAGUUUUAUGAAUAUUACUUAAAUCAGUGUCAUCUGUUUUUGGAUUGUUUUAAAUGGAAUCAGUGGUUCUACAAAACUGUUUUUAUAUGUGUUCAAAUAAUUUGUUUGUCUUAAAUGACAAAAUAUGGAGUAAUCCAGGUUAAUAUUCUGGUCAGUUUUUUGGGGUGGGUUUCUUUGUAUGUUGGUUUUCCAAAUGAAAAAGGCAUGUGUGCUGUCAUUCAGGAUUUAGUAAACAUUACCUCAGUCUUUUAAGCUAUGAGUGGAAGACAGUGACUUUGUUCAAUUUAAAUGGGUUUUAAAAAUACACAUGAUACAGGUUCAUUCACAGUUUGCUUGAGAUGGCAGUUUUUUCUAAAGUAAGUAACUUUCAAUGCAUAGUUGUACUUUAAAGAAAAAUACGGGUUAAAAUCUUUCAGGUGUACAAUGACAACGAUAUAGGGUGAAGAUACCACAAGCACUUGGUAUGGUUCCUCUUUUAACGAGAGCCAAUUUGACUUUAGUCAACCUUUUAACUUUUCUUCCUCUGCUUAUCUUCCUCUUAUCUUGUAGGUCUAUACUCAAAUCUGGAUGUACAGGUUUUUAUACGCAACUAUACAUCAAAGAACAGUCAAUGAGGAGAUGGUGAAUUAUAAAUUAUUGUUUUGCUUCUCUAUGUUUUCAGUAAUGACAAGGACCCUUAUGAAUUCUGCAAUAUGGUAUAAGCCUGUUGGUAUCCUUAAUUGCUGUAAUAUGAUGAUUAGUUGAUUAGUAUUAUUAGUUUAUUUAUUUAUUAUAUCUUACUUUCGUGAAUACUUUGCCAAGAAAAUGUAUUUAGUUUCAGACCAGUGCUUUUGCAGGUAAGAAACAGAUUUUCAGUCAUCAUUGUCAAGCUAUAGGAAAAGUGCAACUAACUCUGUUAGCCAUUGAAAUCAACCACAAUACUAAAUUUACCACAUUUUACAGUUGGACAAUACAUUUGUUUGUGACAUGCUUGUUAUUAGAAGUGUGGAAAUCCAUUGCCAAUGCAAAACACUGCCACCGGAUUUUUUGACUUCUGUGCAAUUGUUGUUCUAUCUUCUACAAACUCAACUUGAGUCAUGAUGCAUUUGUGUUCAACAUUGUAUCAUAACUGACAUGCCAUUUCAGAAGUCUUUACGCAGCAGAAGACAUUACGCAGCAAAAAAAUACUUGUCUGAGGGAAAUAUGAUUUAAUAUGAUUGAAUGUCAUUAUUUGAACUUUACAUCAUUAAAUGGCAAUAUUUGUCAA